UCCCACAGACCGUAGUCUCCAUAACUACAGGACGCAAAGUGUGGGGCUCCAGCAAGUAGACUGGGGGUUCACGUAACUCUCUUGCCCACAUACGGUUCCUUAACCACAUUUCCUGCUUUGCUACUGCAGGCCCUUCCUUUUCUUGGUGCUUCUGCCGGUUCUGAGGCUCUGUUCAGAGGCCAAAGUCCAAGGGAGAAGAGAUAGUCAGCUCCGUCUCCUCUCCCCAAGAAGUUGGGUCUGUCUGUACCCAGGGCAUAAGGAAUCUGUGACCCCCGGCUAACUAUAUAGUUAGGCCCAGAAAGGGUGAGCGUUCUCUCAGUAGGAGGCCCGACCCUGGGCGGACUCCGGACGUCGCUUAACACCCCCCGCCACGGCACAGCUCAGGGAACUGCCCUGCUCAAGGUCUCCCGCAGCCCCGGUUCGCGCCCCGGAUUGGGAGCCGGAGAAAGGCGCGAGCCAGGCGCGCAGGGGAGAAGAGGAAAGCGAAAGGGAGGAAAGCUUUGGGCCCGGAUCUGGGUGGACACAAGCCGAGGGACUCGGGAAGGCCGCCCACGCUGAGCCUCCCUGCCCCGAGCCUCCGUCACUCUUUUAAUUGCUCCAGCGCGAAGAAAGCCGCUACCUAACCGUGAUCCCCGCUAAGGCCCGGCCCCGGCUCCUCCCGUUUCGGCUUCCGUAGAGGCGAGAUGAUGUACUCUGCGCGGGGAGCAGUUGCCGUGGUGACGGUUGCUCGGGGCAGCGCGUCCCCGGCAUCCCAGGAUGAGUGACGAUAGAGGCGUCUUAGUGCUCAGCCAGUCCAAGUCUGAGGGAAACCCGUCCAGCUUCAGCACCAGCCCCGGCCGCGGCCUCGGCCCCACUCUGGGCCCCUUCGCUUGGAAAAGAAUGGAAUCUGAGGAAGAGAUGCAUGAAAAUUUGCGGCUUCAGUUUAAGGCUCUGCAGGAACAACAGCACAAGAGGUUACAAAGACAGCUGGAGAAAAAAAGAGAAAAACAUGUGAGCCUCAAAGAAGGUGGAAAUGACCCCAAAUUGACUUUUGGAAUCCAGAAUGAGUUAAACUUGCUUCGAGAAGGUGGGGAGCCAGCCAAAGAUACCUUCAGCCAAAGGUUGCUUGAAGAAGAGAUUGAACAACUCCAUGAGCAACUCAGAGAAAUUGUAGAUGAAAAUGGAAGAUUGUAUAAACUGGUGAAGGAGAAGGAUUUUGAAAUAAAGCACCUCAAAAAGAAAAUAGAAGAAGACCGGUGGGCUUUCACAGGGACAGCUGGUUUGGCGGGAGAUGUAAUCGCCACCAAGGUUGUGGAGCUCUCUAAGAAGAACCGAGACUUGACAGCAGAGACAGAGAGCGAAAAGACCAGAGUGAAACAGCUCAACAACCGCGUCCGAGAUCUGGAGAGAGAAUUACAGACAGCUUUGGCAAAGAUCCAGACACAAGGAGGUCGAGAUUCAGUAACGAAGCAGUUCAAUCCCAGGAUAACUGAAGGAAUUGUGGUCGAAAAUCCAGAAAUGAAAACUUUGCAAGACAAGCUCGCUUCAGCAAACUUUAAGAUGGUAGAAUAUCGCAACCAGAUCCAGGCUAUCAAGCAGGAGCUCAAAAUUGCACAAAAGGUUUUAGCAAGUGAAGUUGGGGAGGACAUCAACAUUCAGCAACUGUUAAACUCCCCUGGGACUUGGCGUGGUCGAGCCCAGCAGAUUCUCGUUUUGCAGAGCAAGAUUCGAGAGCUGGAGAAUCAAUUAGGUACAACCCGGAACCGUUCCAAUAAUAAUGAGGAGGAGAUGCCAAAUCACUCAGAAACAAAGAAAUUUUCAGCUCAAGAGAAAAACCUAUUAAAGAUCCGUAUCCUGGAGAAAGAAAAAAAGGAUGCAUUAGAGAAACUCACCAGCGAGCGAGAUAGUCUUCAAAAAGAUCACGAAGACCUAAAACGAAAAUGUGAUGGCAUAAAAUCCCGGAACAAAGUGUUGUCCAAUGAAAUUAAAACACUUAAGAGCCAAAUUGCAACCCUGCUUGAGAAAGGCAAACAUGACGAUGAGCUCAUAGAUGCUCUGAUGAGCCAGCUAAAGCAGCUGCAAGAUAUCUUAAGUAAACUUAGCCAACAGGAUGAAAGGGCCAAGGAGACUCAGCAGAAUUUGGACCAGCAGCUAACCAUAGAGGCUCAAAAAAAUAGCUGUAUAAUAGCUCAGCUCAGGAAUAUGGUGGCUGAACGAGAGGCCAAAGUCCAGGAGCUGGAAGAAGAAAUUGGUCUCCUCACUCUUCAGCAUCUUCAGAACAAAGAUCGAAGUGAGGACUCCAAUUUAAUGGAUGGCAGCCCACUGUCUUCCAAAUUUUUCGAGGAGCCAAACUUUAACCUACUCAAAGCGCCUGUAUCAGCCGGAGAUCACGUUGGGAGGGUUGGAACUUCUCGAACGGUGAGCAGCCUGGGGCACACUCUGGUGGAAUCUUCAAUCACUCAGCCCUCCCUCCCCAGUCCUAAUAUAUCACCUCGAAGGCCUUCAGAGAUGGACUUUACAGAACUGAAAAGGAGUCAGGCCCAGAUAAUGGAGUACAAGACCCUUUUACAGUCUGCUGAGGUGGAAAGGGACCGGCUCUCGGAAUUUGUUGCUGUCCUGCAGAAAAGGGUUGAUGAAGGGAACAACAAACUUCUGGAGACUGACAGGAAACUCCAAGAGGAGCGGCACAGAUGUGUAGUUUUGGAGCAGCAGCUGGAAAAAACCAAAAUGGACACAGGCAAACCCAGCACUUCCCAGAAGUCAACAACAAGGACCAAAUCAGGACUAUCUGCUAACAAUGCAAGACAUAACCUAAAUGUGAGUGAAAGGAGGGACAUGUCCUUGAGCCAACUCUCAGAAGUGCCACUGGAGUCACAGGUGGAAGAGCUGACCUCUAGACUUUUGAUCCAGGCUGAAGAAAAUGAAGCCUUGAAAACUGCCAUGAGCAACAUCCUGAAGGUGAAGGAGGAAGACUAUAGACUGUACCAAGAGACCAUGAGCCAAGUGAAGCAGAUCUUCCUACAGGCCCUGCGGCAACAACAAAUGGAAAAAAAAUAAUAGCCACCCUUCCAGGCAGGAUCCUGGGGGAAAGAGUAGGGAGGCAGAGCUGAAGGAGGCAGGCUUCUGGCCUCCAAGCAGCCAGGCCAGGCCCUAGAAUCCCAUAGCCGCAGGCUUUGCAUGUCGGUUUGCAUCACUUAGAGAAUUACAAUUGGAGGAGGAGCAAGAUCAGGGAUGGGAACGGGGCUCUAGUCCCUAUCCCCUCUCUUUCUGAUGGCUCCAUUUAAAAUGAGUAAGUCCAAGAUAAAGUGAGUUAAGGACUAAUCCCUCAGGGUUCGACACUGACCGCACAAGAGGUUUUGGAAUCUCAUCUUAGUAUGGAAAAAGCUCAUGAAGCAUUUAUAAUGUGUAAAAUUUAACAUCAUCCUAUCCAAGGGACCACAAUAACAGCAACUUGUAUAGGAUGCUGAGAUCAUAGGAUUUUAAAGUGCAAAGUGACCUUAGUGACAGAAGAGGAAACUGAACCCCUGGGAGGGAAAGGCACUUGCCCAGGGUCAUAGAACCAGCAAGUGAUAAAUUUGAACCCAGAUCUCCUGACUCCCAGAUGAUUCACCCCACCAUGCUGCCUUGUUCACAAAGUGCCUUUACUUCCAUCAUCUGAUUUGAGGCCCAUUUUAAGACCAUCAGGGAGGGAUACUCCUCCUUGUCCAAAGACACACAACUAAUUAGAAUUCAUUUCAUUUCAAUUAAAUUCAACAAGCAUUCAUUGAGUACUUACUGUAUACAGGGCCCUGUGUUCAAGAUUAAGGAUACAGAGAUGAAAAACAGUAUAGCCCCUCGCCUUCAUGGAGCUUAGCCUAACAGAUGGCAUACAUCGUGCACACAAAUGUGGUACUAGGAGAAAUGUUGAGAGGCAAAGAAAGAAUCCAUAAGGAGCACACUAAGAAAAUUGGAGAUGAAGGUCAGAGGGCUUUUUAACUUGAAUAGCAGAUUGGGGAGAGAGAAGGAGUAGAAGGAAGAAAGGGAUUUCAAGAAAGGUGAGGAGAGAACCCACUCCAGGAAUGGAGACAGCAAAGGUAAGAGAAGGCAAGAUGGCACCAGGAAGCAAUUUAGGAGUCCACUAGUCCAAUUUGGGUAGAGUAUUGUGUGUGGGCCUGCAAGUAAUGCUGGAAAGGUAAGUUGGAAUCAUCGUGAAGACCUUGGACGUCAGGCUAAGAGGUUCCUGGUUUGCCUAUGGACGAUAGGGACACACCAAAAGCUGUGGGACAGGGGUAUGGGAAGAACAAUAAGAAGAAUGUUCUGGCAGAUACAGGAAAGAUGAAGUAGGUAGGACUUCUUACUCAGGUCACAGUCCUACUUUCCACUAUCCUUCCUCCCUUUUGUAGUGCAUUUACUUAUUUUGACUAACUCCGAACAGUCUCAAAGCUCCAAAUGAAAACCCAUGAAUUGGGCUCAGGCCCACCCUUCCAAAUGGGUUUCAUUUCUUAGUGCCUAGAGAUAAGUCCUUGGAACAGCAGGUAAGGCCUCUGGAAAAGUGAUGCAGUGUUAAUAAGCACAGAGUAAUGAUUCACCGAAGUGUCAGGGAAACAUGAAAUCUGCACCAUGUCUGUAUGUUUAUAAUCCCCAAAAUUCUAGGUUGAGGUUGCCACUAUAGAAGAAUUUAUCUUCCUCAGCAUUAUUCUCUUGCCCAAAACCCUUCUGUGGCUCUCCAUGGUCCUCAGGCAAUGAAGCUUCUCAGCGGGUCCCUGGAGGCCUUUUCUGAUGUGACUCCUAGCUUCCUCUUCAGGCUUAAUUCAGUCAUUCUCUUUAUACUACCUACUCAGACUGGACUGCUAGUUAUUCCCUACUCUCAUCCUGCCUUCUCCUACCUCCAUGGCGUCAGUCCUAGGAGGCACUUCCUCCUUAUUGCUACCUGUUGAAGUCUUUCUCUUAAGGCACAUUUCAAAUGUCACAGCUAUGAAGUCUCCCCCGAUCUGAUUUGGAUUCCCACUUCUCCACCCACCACGACCACCACCACUACCAAAGCUGGAAAUGAUCUCUUCAGAUUUCCCCAGAGAAGUCUGCCCCAUUCACUCUUCUGCUAUUAUCACUUUCUAUUUUAUGGCAUUUUUUGCAUAUAGAAUUUUCCCAUAUCAGUAAAAUGUAAGUUUCUUGAAAGCAGGAACUAGUCUUUUUUCUCUAUACUUGAACCAUUUGUCAGGGUUCCGUGUAGUCCCUGACCAUAACAGGCUUUUAAUGUUUAUUAAAUUGAACUGUAGGUGAAGGAUCUUUAGUUCUCCAUAGUCACCAUUUUGUUGUAGAGUUCUAAGGUCCCUUUGAGAAUAUAGGACAUGGAAAGAAGGAAUUUUAGAAGCCCCACAUUUUACAGCCCCAGAGAAAGGAGGUGGCUUGUCUAAAGUGACAGGGAUGCUAAAUGGCAGAGCCAGAAUCCAUACCUCAUUCUGCUGACUCUGUGCCCAAUGACCUCUACUCUGGACACCAUUGUUGAGUUAAUGAAAUGCCAAGGGUGACUAUAGUGCUAAGAGAACUGAAUAAAGAGGCAGCGGCCUCUCUGGGCCCAACCUGUAUAAACAUCAAUCAGUAGACAUUAAGUGCCUACUAUGUUCUGGAACUAUAAAAAUAAUCAAAAUAUAGUCCCUGCCCUCAAGGAAUCACAACCUAAUGAAUCUAAUCUAAUAUCCUUUCUCUGGGCCUCAGUUUCCUUAUCUGUAAAAUGGGGGGACUAGAUCUCUGAGGGUCUUCAGGUCUAAAACCUUUAGACUUAGGUCUAAAACCUCUGAUCCUCUGAUCCCUUCAAAACCUCUGAACUAUUCACAAAGAGUCUUGGAAUGGACCUUCUCACUGCAGAGAUCUCUUCUCCCACACUGCUUUAUCAGCAGACUGAGAGUUGGAGGACAGAAACCCGACAUCAGCGAUGGUUUUUGGCAGCUCCCCGGCUCGCUCUGCUGACGGGAAUAGCUGAUCUCCACUGGGGGUACUGCAGAGAGCCAGAAUGGGAGGACUUCAAGCUGAAAGGAACCAUAGAGACUGUCUAGUUCGCUAGCUCUUCACUUUAUAGAAGAAAUAUCUGAGGUCCAGAGAAGAAAUGGACUUGCCUUUGAAGGACUAGAGGAAGAAUGGCCUUGAUAGUGAAGGAAGCAUUUGUUGAAAACCCAUGGACUUUCUGAUGGAGAGAAGCCAGGGCGUACCUGGAAGAAUAUACCUUCAAGAUGUCUCCUUUACCUGAUGCAAACAGUACAUCUACAACCUUUGUAAUAAGAAAAGCGUGGACUUCCACUGGGGCUCUGCCCUUUACUAGCCUUGUGACUUUAGGUGCAUCUCUCUCUCUCUGGGCCUCAAUUUCUCAAACUGUAAAAUGGAGCAGAAUUGGACUAGAGCUUUUAGCGGUCUCUUCAAAGAUAUAUGAGGUCCAAGCAUACACUAAAAAUGGGCAAAUGCAUGAAACCAGAAAAUUCAGUUGCUCCCACAUAAAAUCUAGAUGUGAUAGUUUCAGAGGGAAAUGGUAAAACUGGUCCACAAUCUCAACAAAUCCAAAGGCACACUGAUUCUAAUUCUGGCAACCUGGAUUUGUAAUAAGGGAACAUUCAGUGGGAAAUUGGCAGGGAAUUUCCUUGGCACAUGGUGUGUGUUGUGGGGGAUAGGCUGGGGAAGGACUUGCUCUGUGACUAUAAUGGUCUCAACCAGAUUGCCAGGAGGGUGUUUAACCUAUUUAGAAGUACCAAACUGGUUAAAGUGUCCUCAUUUAAACACAACACUAGAUGAAGCUAAUUCUGAAUUGUUCCCUCCUUUUCAGCAAAUGCCCCAAAGAUUUCUACUGGAUAACCCUAUGUAACAGAAUUGGAUGAAAGUACCCAUAGACUAGAAUACCCAUAAAUAAAUUGGCUACACAAACACAUACAUGCACACACAUACACACUGUGUACAUAUACAUGCACACACUGUUAAUCUGGAGGUCUCUGAGUUCUGACAGAACUUAACUUCCUUGCCUACUUUUGGGGUGAGACAUACUGACUUAGCUAUGUUAUAAGAGUAAUCAGAGACCAUCUCUGACAGAUGGAUUUGGUUUGAGUUUGGGUGUCGUUCUAUACUAACCGUGUCACUGUUUUAUUGCCUCCACCUUGGAAGAGAAGGGCUUAAGCCCUAAGGAUACCUAGUCCUUUAUAGGUAUCAGAUUGUCAAAGCACUAAACAUGAAUUAGGUUUAUUAGCAGCACACAAGGAAAAGGCACCUACUUAUUGCCUUUCUUCCUCAAUAUUAUAGACCUCAGGCUAGUUUUCAAACCAUAUCCAUGCUGCACAUCUCAGCCCUCUGCCUCUUUCCUAGUAUCCCUAAAUACCUGCCUUGGAAUUGCACUCAUUUAUUCCUUUUUGGAACUGCUCCUGCAAUGGUGAAAGUUGGGCAAGAGAUUUUCAAGCAUCAGUCGUGUCUUCCCAGUAUUUAUGGAGAUGUCCCAUGGCAGUCGCAGCUUUUGACAAGUCUUUCAAUAGAGCAGAACUUGUGUUAAUAAUUGUUUAGACAUUUCUAGCUAAGAAUCGCAGAAGAUUAGAGUUUGGAAGUGCUUAGAGACCAUUUAAGUCAACCCCAACCCAUCUCCAGACAUGUAUAUACUAUAAAUGUCAGCCUUGCAUCAGUCACUUUGGAAAUUGAGAGACUGAUGAAGUGUUAGGAGAGCUGAUGAAAACAGUGGAUCUGAUUGUACCUUACAGUGAGAACAAGGAGUGAGUUGGUGUGUUGCUUGGUUAAGUCUGAAGCAUGAAAGCCCUGGCUGUACAUGUCUCGAGAGAAACAAUGAAUUCAAGUAGGACAUUAGGCUGACUGUCAAUGUCUCCUUAGUGUAGUGUUUGUCAGCAUUUGUCAGCAUUGUGUGAGCACUGAUGAAAAUGUGGUGAGAUCAACCUCUGUCUCAUAUAAUGUAGCAGAAUCAUGAGAUCCUGGGUGGUUUCUUGACUAGACCAAACCGAGGCUUUCACCUUUAACUAAUUCCUAAACUUUCACUGAAUUCUAAAGCUCAACAAUUGCUGAACUUUUCUGGUUCCUAAAUCUGUCUGGUUCCUUUGACUAAGAGAUUAGAAGUACCCAGUCUAUUAUCUGCCCUUUUUCUGGCAUUGACAUCACUAAAUAGCUGCAUCUACCAUCCAGUCUAUCUUUUCCUUCCUUCUCUGGGUUUUCUUGGUUCACAAGAAGAAAAAAAUACAAAUUCAGAAAUAACCCACCAGGGAAGAGGUCACAAAAAAUGAAUAUAAAAGAAAAAUUAUUCUCCCAGAUUGUAUGGUGCAUGAACUUCAUAAAAAUGUAAAUAGUGCAUAUUUUUUAAAUUACUUGUCAAGACAAUUUUCAACAUUUUUAUAGGAUUUUGAAUCCCAUAUUUUUUCUUCCCCAUACUCACCAAAAUAACUGAUAAUGGUUAAACAUGUACAAUCAUGAAGCAAAUUUCCACAUUAGUCAUAUUGUAAAAGAAGAAACA